AUGGUUGCCGUGCCAGUCUGGGCCUUGAAGAUCGGCUGCUUCUAUGGCCUUAUAACCUGCGACACUGCCCCAGGUGUUUGGCCUGAGAACACACCGACUGUCGUUGCCUAUCAUCCUCCAACCUCGACUCCUUCCAGCACUCCUAGCAGUACUGGUGUGAGCUCGACUGCGGUUGCCACAUCUUCUCCCUCGUUUACCCCCUCUGUGUCGGCCUCUACUUCCAUUGGAAGUGGUUCCUCCGUUGGCACCGUUGUUCCGACUAGCACCCCUGGUGCUUCCACUUUCGUUACUCACACCUCCUCGGGAGCUAUCCCCUCGGGUUCUGCUUCGAGCUCUGUGAUUGUUACUGUCCCAUCUGCCUCUGUUAGCACCCCUGCUCAGAGUGGGUCCUCUGUGAUCGGCUCCGCCUCCAGCUCCAUUCUUUCAUCUUCGCCUGCCGCUUCUUCCAGCCCGGCUUCUUCCUCGCCUUCCCCGAGUGGUGUCUCUUCAUCAGUCACUCUCCCAUCUGGAAGUGCUUCUUUGAGUGCUACUGCCUCUUCCACUGCCUCUAGCAGUCCGGUCUCUUCGUCUGCCGCUUCCUCUCACGUAGCUUCGUCGUCGAUUGUUGCUUCAUCUUCCGUCGCUCCGUCGUCUGCUGUUUCGUCCUCCGCUGCUUCGUCUUCCGUUGCGUCAUCUUCUGCCGCUUCGUCUCACGUAGCCUCGUCGUCUCCGGCUGUCUCAUCUUCCGCUGUCUCUUCAUCGGUUGCUUCCUCUGCGCCUGUAUCUUCCAGCGCUUCCGUGACUACUCCCAGCAUGUCUUCCACCGCCAUCUCCAUCUCGGCCACUGCGUCGGCCACGCCACUGAGCCACGCCUCCGUUGCAGCCAACAUUCUCGUUAUCGCCAGAGAUGCUGCCUCUGCCAGCGUUGCCAGCUCUGGUCUCAAUGGAUACGGUAUCCCAUUCACUCACCUUAUUGUUCCCUCUGGUGGUGUGGCACUUCCAUCUCUCAACGGUACCGCCGGAGGAAACUUUGGUGGUAUUGUUGUCGCAUCCGAAGUUAGCUACGACUAUGGUACUCUCGGAUUCCAAAGUGCUUUGACCACCGAUCAGUGGAACCAGCUUUACGCUUACCAGCUAGAGUACGGUGUUCGCAUGGUUCAAUACGAUGUUUACCCCGGUCCCAACUACGGUGCAUCUGCCAUUGGAGGCUGCUGUGACACAGGUAUUGAGCAGCUUGUUUCCUUCACCGAUACCAGUGACUUCCCUACCUCUGGUCUCAAGACUGGUGCUGGUGUCAGCACUACUGGCUUGUGGCAUUAUCCCGCUACCAUCAGCAACACUACUUCGACCAAGCAAAUUGCCUCAUUUGCUGCUACAACUGGCUUCACCAGUGACAGCGUUGCUGCUGUCAUCAACGACUUCGAUGGCCGUCAGCAAAUGGCCUUCUUCAUUGGAUUCGAUACCACCUGGAGUGCUACUUCCAGCUACCUGCAGCACGCAUGGAUUACUUGGAUCACUCGUGGUCUCUACGCUGGAUACCGUCGUGUGAACCUGAACACCCAGAUCGAUGACAUGUUCCUUGAGACCGGUCUUUACUCCCCUGACGGAGUCAACUUCCGCAUCCGCCCUGAGGACCUGACCAAUGUUGCCACCUGGACUGACUCUAUCAACGCUAUCAUGCCUGCUGGCAGUUCCUACUUCGUUGAAGUCGGACACAAUGGUAACGGAAACAUCGAGAACUCUUCUGACAGCUCAGAUGCUGGCUGGUCCACUUGCGGAGCCGCCAUCGAAUAUGACUCUCCUGCUGACACCGCACUCGAGUUCCAGAAGCCUCUCGGUACCGGCACCGAUUUGUGGCCUGAUACUCCUACCACCUAUGACUGGACUUCCGCUUGCAAUGCCAUGGAUGAGCUUCUUAUCUGGUGGACCAACGAGAGCAACCUUAACAAGUUUGGUCACAUCUCCCACACCUUCACCCACGAGGAGCAGAACAACGCCACCUACGCUGAUGUCUACAAGGAGAUCAGCUUCAAUCAGGCUUGGCUCAAGGCUGUUGGAAUCGAUAAGGCCACCAAGUUCACUUCGAACGGUAUCAUUCCUCCUGCCAUCACUGGUCUUCACAACGGUGACGCCCUUCGUGCCUGGUGGGAAAACGGUAUCACCAACUGUGUCGGUGAUAACACCCGCGCUCCUCUGUUGAACACUGAGAAUGCCAUGUGGCCACUCUUCACCACCGUUGCCAACAACGGUUUCGAUGGUAUCCAGGUUAACCCUCGCUGGGCCACCCGUAUUUACUACAACUGUGACACUCCUGCUUGCACUCUGCUUGAAUGGAUCAACACCUCCGCUGGCUCCGGUACCUUCGACGACCUUCUCGCCGUUGAGAAAGCUGACACCAUGCGCCACCUCUUCGGUCUCUACCACGAUGGCUACAUGUUCCACCAGGCCAACCUGCGCAACGCCGAUCUUGACCCAAUCACCAUCAACGGAGUCUCUAAGAAGUGGUCCAUUAUGGAGGCUUGGGUCGAGACUGUUGUCCAGGAGUACGUUCGCUUGGCCGAUUGGCCCAUCGUCACUCUCACUCACCAGGAGAUGUCCGCUUCUUUCCUGGCUCGUUUCAACCGUGACAAGUGCGGUUACUCUCUGAGCUACGCCACCAGCAACAAGCAGAUCACCGCGAUCACCGUCUCUGCCACCGGCAACACUUGCACGGAUCCCAUUCCUGUGACCUUCCCCGUUGCCCCCACCAGCACCCAGGGCUUUGCCACCGAGCAACUCGGCAGCGACCCUCUGACCGUCUGGGUUCAGCUCGCUGGCUCCCCUGUCACUUUCACUCUGUCCUCUGCCAUUCCCUUGUAG